AUGGUGUCUCUUUGCAAAUACUCAAUUUCUCGCCCUAACGUCGCGCCCGAGGCGCUCUCAACCGCCAAACUGGACAGACCACAGUCGCAAUCACCGCCGCGGCAUUCGCAGAGAGAAACCAAAGAUAUCAAUUCGGUCAGGGCGCGCAGCUCUUCGAUACGCAUCUCGCAGGCAAGAGGGGAGGAGGAGGACAAGGAACACGCUGGCGGAUACAAGCUCAACAUGCUUGUGGGAAAAGGUUACUCGUGGAAGGCUGCCCAGGCACGGCUGCCGCCAUCACGUCAGAUAAUAAGCACGGUGCGGAAUCCGAGGUUUAUGGUGGGCUUGGGCCUAUUCACAGCAAUUGUGCUGCUAUGGCGGUCAAUGGGUUCGGCAGCGGGGGACUUGCAGAGAUUCUACUGCUUCGGCCCCUCCAAACCCCCAAUGCACAUGUCGGCAAACGAGCGGGAAGAAUGGCAAAACCAUCUGAAUACGCCAGUAAUAUUCAACCAUCACAAGCCAGUCGAAGUCAACGCCACCUUCAUCGAGCACGUUGAUCUCAACGGAAUAAAGUCCACCCCGAACGCAGUCAAGAACAAGGAGCGCGUCCUGAUUCUUACACCUCUCCGCGAUGCCUCCUACUACAUCGCCAAACACUUUGACCUCCUCACUCAACUCACAUAUCCGCACGAACUGAUCGACCUGGCGUUCCUGGUGGGUGAUACCACCGACGACACCAUGGCAGCACUGGCAAAAGAGCUGGAGAGGGUGCAAAACAACCCCGACGUAGCGUUCCGGUCGACCAUGAUCGUGGAGAAAGAUUUCGGUGUUACCCUAUCCCAGAGUGUGGAAGACAGACACAGCUUCGAAGCUCAGGGCCCACGCAGAAAGGCAAUGGGCAAGGCGAGAAAUUACCUGCUAGCAACGGCCUUGAAGCCAGACCACAGCUGGGUAUACUGGAGAGACGUGGACAUUGUCGAUAGUCCAUCCAAGAUUAUCGAGGACUUUGUUGCUCACGACCGGGAUAUUCUUGUUCCUAACAUCUGGUUUCACAGGUACAAGGAAGAAAACGGUAAAAUGGUCGACAUUGAAGGACGAUUUGACUACAACUCCUGGCAGGAAUCCCCCGAAGGCCUCAAACUCGCCGCCUCUCUCGACAAAAACGUCGUCCUCGCAGAAGGCUACAAACAAAUGCCCACCAACCGCCGCUACAUGGCCAAAAUGGGCGACUGGCGCGCAGACAAGGACGAAGAAAUACCCCUCGACGGCAUCGGCGGCGUAAACAUCAUCGUCAAAGCUGACGUCCACCGCUCCGGUAUCAACUUCCCGUGCUACGCAUUCGAAAACCAGGCUGAGACGGAGGGUUUUGCCAAGAUGGCGAGUCGUGCGGGUUAUGGCGUUUAUGGGUUGCCGAAUUAUGUGGUUUGGCAUAUUGAUACUGAUGAGAAGCCUGGGAAUGCGUAG